AUGGAAGAUGUAGAAAGUCAGGAUGAGGAAACACAUUUACUAAUCCCACCAAAAGAUGCACCAAAUGGCCAUCAAAAUAAUGGAACAAUCUCCCACAGACAGGUGUCAGUUACUGAUGGACCUGUCAAUCUCACAUACACUUCCUCUGUUGACUUUACUACCUCCUCAAACAAAAGUCUGGAGCAGAAAUUUAGACUCUUCAAGCUACCCUACAAGAAAAAGCUGAUAGUGGGCCUCUUGAUUUUGUCCAUGUUUGCCAGUGGGUGUGGCUUCUCUUUGCUGGCACCAUUUUUUCCUCAAGAGGCAGAAAAGAAAGGUGUUUCUAACACAGUCACAGGUUUUAUCUUCAGUUCAUUUGAGCUCAUGAUUUUCAUUUCAUCUCCAUUCUUUGGUAACUAUCUGACCAAGAUUGGACCCAAGUUUAUGCUAGUGUCUGGCCAGUUGGUUGCUGGAAGCUGCUCCAUUUUGUUUGGCACCUUAGACCGAUGUCCACAUGGAUUACCUUUCAUCGUCAUUUGUUUUGCUUGUCGUUGUGUCGAGGCUCUGGCCGCGUCAGCUUUUAUGGCAUCGGGUUUUACAAUCAUCUCCAAUGAGUUCCCUCAAAAUGUUGCCACUGUUUUUGCAUUGCUUGAGAUGGCUGAUGGGAUAGGUCUCAUGACAGGCCCUGCUCUGGGAGGUUUUUUAUACCAGGUAGGAGGGUAUGGGUUGCCUUUCUUUGUUGUUGGAACUCUUAAUAUACUCACAGGGAUUGGUACAGUCAUGUUUUUUCCUAAACCACAAGAACUGGAGAAAGAAAGAAAAACAAGUUUCCUGUCCUUGUUAAAGAGUCCAAUGGUCUGGUUCACUGGGCAGAGCAUCAUGAUGUGUUCUCUGGGCAUUUUUUUCCUUGACCCUACACUGGCCAAACACUUGGAGCAGUUUGAUUUAUCAACAGGUAUUAUUGGGCUAAUAUUUUUUAUAGCUCCAUGUCUGUAUGCAGUUACCUCGCCAAUAUGGGGAUAUAUCAGUGAUUCUAAGAAUAUCAAUGGUUCAUUGAUCACACUGGGUAACCUGAUGUGUGGGAUUGGUCUCAUUAUUGUUGGACCCAGCCCUUACCUCCCCUUUCUACCUAGUGAAUUGUGGGUAAUUAUCAUAGGCCUUGUAAUAUUAGGAAUGUUCUAUGCCUUGGCUAUUGUUCCUGCAUUGAACUGUUUGCUAAUUGGUGCAGUGGAAGUUGGUUUUGAAAACAAUAUUGACACAUAUGGUGUUGUUGUUGGUUUAUUAAAUUCAAUCUUUUGCCUUGGUUCUUUCAUUGGUCCCAUGCUUGGUGGUUUUCUGAUUGAGGAAAUGGGCUUUCGUUACGGUGCUACGCUAAUUAGUGGUAUUUAUUUUUUUGUGAUGGUUUGUUGCGGUGGAUUUUUCCUGUGUCGACAUUUCAAGGCGAGGUCAUGUGGGACAUUUAUUUAUGAAAUGUUGAACACAGAUGACGAAUGUGUCAACAGCGACUACCUAACCGUGUCUUAGGUACGAUGUCCCCUUACGUUGG